UCCUGGGAGACCAUAUAUAGUGAAUGCAGGGUCCAGAGAGACCAGAUAUAGUGGAUGCAGGGUCCGGGGAGACCAGAUAAAGUGAAUGCGGGGUCCGAGGAGACCAGAUAUAGUGAAUGUGGGGUCCUGGGAGACCAGAUAUAGUGAAUGCAGGGUCCGGGGAGACCAGAUAUAGUGAAUGCGGGGUCCAUGGAGACCAGAUAUAGUAAAUGCAGGGUCCAGGGAGACCAGAUAUAGUGAAUGCAGGGUCCGGGGAGACCAGAUAUAGUGAAUGCAGGGGUCCAGGGAGACCAGAUAUAGUGAAUGCGGGGUCCAGGGAGACCAGAUAUAGUAAAUGCAGGGUCCGGGGGAGACCAGAUAUAGUGAAUGCGGGGUCCAGGGAGACCAUAUAUAGUAAAUGCAGGGUCCAGGGAGACCAGAUAUAGUGAAUGCAGGGUCCGGGGAGACCAGAUAUAGUGAAUGCAGGGUCCAGGGAGACCAGAUAUAGUGAAUGCAGGGUCCGGGGAGA